AUGUUCAGGACUCCUUCGAUUGUUGCCAAUGUCCAUUUUGAACGGAAAUCAGCCCAACACUGGAGCUACGAGAAGUUCGCCGUCGCCGCAACCAUCAUCCUUUCACUUCUGGCCUUCACGGGACUUGCUUACUUGUUGAUUUGGUACCUGCGACGAAGACUCCGGUCACGACGUGUUCGAAGUCAAAGAUGUCAGCACGAUGACAUAUUUGGCCAGUCCGCGGUUUCCCUGGCGGAGGAUACAAGCAAAGCCCUGGAUGAGUUUCUCAUGACAGAUGUUCAACCUCAACGCUCGUCGAUUAUGCGCCGUAGAAGCCGCUCUCCAUCCAUCACUAUGGUCUUUGAGGAUAAAGACUACUGUGACUCUGCUCCCCGGUCCUAUCUUACGAGCCACGACACCUCAACUUCCACCUUGAUUCCCGUUGUCAACCUGGCCCAGGUCUCAGCAGUUCAAUCUGGACCCAGUGUACCAAGUGCAAGCACUACUCAGGAAGCCACAUCCGGACAGCGAUCAUCAAGCUCUACACCAAGAGCGUCUAUGUCUUCUAUGGUGCCAACUGCGCGAUCCUCGCAGAUGUGGACUACAGCUUCUGCCAACACUGAUACCUGCACGCUUCUGAGUCGAGAUUCGAACCCCUCGCAACACUCUCAAAUCGCAUCUCAAAGUCCUACGAGCCCUCUGUCCUCGCGUGGUUCUCGAUUUUAUCCAUGUCGCUCCAAUACCCCUCGCGGAUCAGGCCGUCCGUCUAGCACGGGUAUCUUGUACUCUUCUCCUCGAUUAUUCAACUUUUUGGAGUUUUCUCGGCGGAGACAAGCAAGAACUCUCGAUCUUGAUGAGACAACUCCUCUCUCUCCCAUCUCACCGAUCUUGGUAGAUGUUUCGACUGACUUGGAUCAGUCUCGAUGGGCAUCAUCCCGUCCUCCAGAUCCGUUUCCCUUCCAUCCUUCUGGGAUCUAG